UCUGCAGCCGCGCAGGGGAGGGUCCGGCCCUGAGCCCUGGCGAGGGUCGAGCGGGCGGCCGUCGGCUAGCUGGGCAAUAGGAAACGGUUUAUUAGGAGGGAGUGGUGGAGCCGGGCCAGGCAGGAAGACGCUGGAAUAAGAAACAUUUUUGCUCCGGCCCCUUUCCCAGUCCCGGGAGGCCGCCGCGCCAGCCGCGCCGAGCCAGCCCCUCCCCGGCCCCAGCCCUGCCCGGGGCCGCGCCCGGACCCCAGACCCUGGCCCUCUGUCCAGCGCCCGUCGUGCGACCGCGGCCGCCGCCGGGGAGGGGAGGAGGCCGCCUGCUGCACGCUCGCGCCGCGCUGCCCGCAGGGCAGGCCCAGAGGGACCAUGACCUUGGACCCUCCCAGGAGAACCCUUCUGAUGCUACUGACGGCCUUGGGCCUGACCCAGGGCGACCCCGUGAAGCCCUCUCGGGGCCCGCUGGUGACCUGCACGUGUGAGAACCCACACUGCAAAGGGCCUACCUGCCAGGGGGCCUGGUGCACAGUAGUGCUGGUGCGGGAGGAGGGCACACACCUCCAGGAACAUCGGGGCUGCGGGAACCUGAACCAGGAGCUCUGCAAGGGGCGGCCCACCGAGUUCUUCAACCACUACUGCUGCUACAGCCCCUUCUGCAACCACAACGUGUCCCUGGUGCUGGAGGCCACCCAGACUCCGCCAGAGCCGCCGCAAGAAGAUGGCCAGCUGCCUCUCAUCCUGGGCCCUGUGCUGGCCUUGCUGGUCCUAGUGGCUCUGGGUGCCCUGGGCCUGUGGCAUGUCCGGCGGAGGCAGGAGAAGCAGCGGAGCCUGAACAGCGAGCUGGGCGAGUCCAGCCUCAUCCUGAAGGCAUCCGAGCAGGGGGACAGCAUGCUGGGGGACCUCCUGGACAGUGACUGCACCACCGGCAGUGGCUCAGGGCUCCCCUUCCUGGUGCAGAGGACAGUGGCGCGGCAGGUGGCUCUGGUGGAGUGUGUGGGAAAGGGCCGCUAUGGCGAGGUAUGGCGGGGCCUGUGGCACGGUGAGAGUGUGGCCGUCAAGAUCUUCUCCUCGAGGGAUGAACAGUCCUGGUUUCGGGAGACUGAGAUCUACAACACGGUGCUGCUCAGACACGACAACAUCCUAGGCUUUAUCGCCUCGGACAUGACUUCCCGCAACUCAAGCACGCAGCUGUGGCUUAUCACGCACUACCACGAGCAUGGCUCGCUCUACGACUUUCUGCAGAGGCAGACGCUGGAGCCCCAGCUGGCCCUGAGGCUAGCCGUGUCCGCGGCCUGCGGCCUGGCGCACCUGCACGUGGAGAUCUUCGGCACGCAGGGCAAGCCGGCCAUCGCCCACCGCGACCUCAAGAGCCGCAACGUGCUGGUCAAGAGCAACCUGCAGUGCUGCAUCGCGGACCUGGGCCUGGCUGUAAUGCACUCCCAGGGUAGCGACUACCUGGACAUCGGCAACAACCCGCGCGUGGGCACCAAGAGGUACAUGGCCCCCGAGGUGCUGGAAGAGCAGAUCCGAACCGACUGCUUCGAGUCCUACAAGUGGACGGACAUCUGGGCCUUUGGCCUGGUGCUGUGGGAAAUCGCCCGCCGGACCAUUGUCAAUGGCAUCGUGGAGGACUACAGGCCACCCUUCUAUGAUGUGGUGCCCAAUGACCCCAGCUUUGAGGACAUGAAGAAGGUGGUGUGUGUUGACCAACAGACCCCCACUAUUCCCAACCGGCUGGCUGCAGACCCGGUCCUCUCAGGCCUGGCUCAGAUGAUGCGGGAGUGCUGGUACCCAAACCCCUCUGCCCGCCUCACUGCGCUGCGGAUCAAGAAGACACUACAGAAGCUCAGCAACGGUCUCCAGAGGCCCAAAGGGAUUCACUAGCCACAGGCCUGAAGCCUGACUCCCCUCUGCCUGCAGUGUGUGUGGUGGGCAGUGGAUGGUGGCCUGUCUGGGUAGAGGUUCUGUGAGUGUGUGUGCUGAGGAGGGGAAUGCCCCUCUGUGGGCAGCUGUGCCUGCCCAACUCGGCCCCCAGCCCAUCCAGCCAAAAAUACAGCUGGGCUGAAACCCGAUCCCCGCACCCGCCGCGCGCCGUCUCGCCUGCUCAAAGCAGCAGGCUCCCUGACGUCGGGUUCCCCCCCACCCC